UGCUCAUCAGAUUGCAAAAUUAGGUUUCGGACUGAAAUGUGAACCAAAAUCUUCAAGAAAUACGGUCCCCACUCCUAGUAUCCGAGGCAUAUCAUUCAUUUCAUUUUCGAAGCAGUCCUUCUUAGUAUAAAAAUUACUCGAUGGGAGACACCGAAGUGGACCGAAAUGACAUGUCUAAUUCAAGAACCACCGAUCGUGCCGAAGAAAGUAGCUGGACUAUGUAUCUUGGGGAUUUUCUGAUUGACAAUAAGAAGAAGAGUUCCCUAAUUUCUUCGGAAAACAACAGCUCCUCUCUGGUCUCCGACGCUACUUCUUCUAUCACAAGGGUGUUCGCCGAUGCCACUCGGACGAUCUCUUGCAAAAGAGUUAGUUUCAAGAAGAAGGAAUCGCGGGAUUCGAUCAUCCAGGACGCUUUAGAGGAUACAGCUAGUUCUCUAAACUGCCCUAAGGCUAAAGAAAGCACCUUAGAUCGGGCACAUUUGAGAAAGGAUCUCGUUCUUAUUGCAAGAGAUGAUGUUCGCGGGGCAAUGAAGGAAUCCAGUCCUCGCUUGGCGCCGCCAUCAACCUAUGGUGGUGAAGCUCAAGUACUCUAGGAUCAGAAGUUAAUGAUGGGAAUGAGAAAGUCAUGAAAGUCUUUGAAAAAUAUUCUCAGUUUCAUCACUCUCAUGUACUCUUGCCUAUGUAUAAACCGACAUGAUAUGUCCCGGUAUAGAUGUCGCGUCAUUUUCUUCUUCUUAUGUUGUUUUCGCGGCACUUUUCAUUGGAAGAGCAGAGCGAAAACGUGUGGACCUUGAGGAGUAUGCAUCUGCAUCUGUGCAGUGUAGAUGCUUAUCUAAUGUCCGAGGUAUAUAAAGUUGUUUUGCAUGCGUGUGGCAA